GGAACAUCACACAAAUAUGUCAUUUCUUAUUUCUUACCCAUGGGCUCAAAUAUGCCGAAAGGAAACUUCGAUUCCGAAUAAUCUGAUUCGACAGUGCGUACUGCCUAGAGACUAAGAAGAAAGUGCCGUGGUUCCUGAUUCACUCCAACAUGGAAUGUUCGCUCCGAUUAGAUUUGCGCUCGUAUGAUAUUAUGACAAUUUCAAAGAAUCAUUUUAGUUUAAAAUCAGGUGAAAUCCGGGGAAAUUUGUGGAGAUUAAGGACUACUGUUCUCACCUGCUGGUCUCUUUAUAUUAAGACAGAAGACUUGAGCUUAGGAUCCUCAUCCUUCGACUUCGAACCUCCAAACAAUACUGACGAUCAACUGUCAAGUCCAGUCUUCAACAUGCUUUUCGUUCAAGCAAUCUUCGUUGUUACAUCUGCUCUCACAGCAAAUUGCAUGACAAUUAAAUCUCAAGAUGUGCAAACCAAUAUUGAGAAGAGACAGAGCUGGACAUCCAUCGGCUGCUAUACCGACAAUGUUUCUGGUCGUGGUCUGACUACCGGCGUAUCAGUAUCUGGGGCCAUGACAAAUGAAGGUUGUCAAGCCUCUUGUUCAGCAGCUGGUUUUUCGUACGCUGGUACUGAGUAUGGAGGAGAAUGCUGGUGCGGCAACUCUAUCAUCAAUGGAAAUGUACCUGCUGCAGAUGGUUGCAAUAUGGCCUGCAAGGGUAAUAAUGCAGAGAUAUGCGGUGGUCCAAAUCGUCUUACUGCAUUCCAGAGUGGUGGCGGAUCUAGCACAACUCCACCUAACACCUCCAAUCCAAGCAAAUCUGGAAAACGUGGUAUAACAUACGAUUCUAACAAUGUCCAUGGCGAUUCGACAUAUGGAAAUAUGCUCAAGGGAUAUAGUAAGAUUACUUGGGGUUACGAUUGGGGAUUCAAGAGUAAUGGUUUGGAUUCAAGUAUUGAAUUCGUCCCAAUGCUUUGGGGCCUCCCCAAGAUUUUGGAUCAAAACUGGGUUUCAGCCGUUCAAACCGCAAAAAAUAUCCUCGGUUUCAACGAGCCAGAUCUUACCUACGAACAAUCUUCCAACAUGCUUCCCGAAGCCGCAGCCGCUGGAUACAAAUCCUACAUUGAGCAAUUCAAAGGACAGGUCCGCAUUGGUGGUCCAGGUGUCUUAUGGAACAACUGGAACAGCUGGUCCUCAGGCGGCUCCUACAACUCGCGCAUCUGGACGCAAUAUUUCCUCGGAAACUGCACCAACUGCCACAUCGACUUCGCCGCCAUCCACUACUACCAAGACUGCGAGCCAAGCUCGGGACAAUCCGGCUCCGACUGGUUCAUGGCCAACGUGACCAACGCCCACGAAACCCUACACCUACCCAUCUGGAUCACGGAAUUCCAAUGCUACGGCUCGGAUCAGCAGCAGGCGGAUUUCUUGAAGAAGGUCUUGCCUUGGUUGGAUGCACAGGAUUAUGUUGAGAGAUACUCGUAUUUUGGCGUUUUCCCCGGCUUCUUGCUGGAUGCGGCGGGGACCGCGUUGAGUUUGGCGGGGCAGGUGUAUGUUAGUUAGAGAGUUAGUGGGUUGAUUGGAUUUGCUUAGAUGGUUUUUGGGGGUGGGGGUUGCUCAUGGUGUGUGGUGUUUUGCUUUUGGGGGCGGGGGGCGGGGUUUCAUUGUUUCUGUGAGGGUGCAGGCGCCUUGAGAUAGAGAUGAUUUGUUGCUCGAUGGAGGGAACGAUCAAAUGAAGAAUUUAAGCUAUGAAUA